UUCAGUCCAUCUUUCUUUUCAUCGUUUCUUCUUCUUUUUUCUUUCUACCUCCAUUCUUUCCCCUCUCUUAUUUCUUCCCCAAACAUCUUAGAACCCUAGCCCCCAAAUUCACGGCAACAAGAAAGACAAAUCGGCGACUAGUCGGGUUAAAAAUCGACCCACCCAUUUCCCCAGGCGUCUUCGUCUCAAUCUUUGUUCUUCAGCUGCCGAUUAAACAAGACUGCUCACUGAAAGACCAACGUGCCACUGCUCGCCGCCGGGAACCACCGACCUGCCGCUGACGUUAGCCAUCGUCUCUUCUUCUAUUUUGCGGCCGUCUCGCUUUAUCUGCUCUCUCAGGGAAAAUUAUGUGAGAAGCUUUGGCAUGCCCAAGUUAAGGUUUUCUGUGAAUUUGACCUCUCAUUUUGGGCAUUCCUUUCUGACAAUUUCGUGUGAACUGGCACAAACUUUUUGGUCCCGAAUUGCCAAUGGACAUGUCUUUAGCAAUUUUGAUGAUAUAUAAGAAUUAUACGUCUCUAUAAGCAUACCAAGUAACAUGUGAACUGAAUUAGCCAUUUCAAGCGAGCUGGAAAUCCCAUUAGCUUUGACCUCGAGCACCUGAUAUCCUCUUUUUUCUUCUAAUUAUAAUUAGUUCGUCAAAAUUGUUGCAGAACAGUGAAAAAUGCUUCUAAGCAGGUUUCCAAUGCGCUGCUUUUGCAGCUCCACUGUGUUUUUGAAUCCACGACCAUGGCUUUUUGUGGGUUUGGGCAAUCCAGGGGAUAAAUUCACAGGCACCAGACACAAUGUGGGGUUUGAAUUGGUUGAUGCAUUUGCCAAAUCACAAGGAAUCUCAAUGGACUCUUUCCACUGCAAAGCCAUCUUUGGAAAAGGUUUCGUCAAUGGGGUUCCAGUUUUCUUGGCGAAGCCUCAGACUUACAUGAAUUUAAGUGGUGAAUCUUGUGGCCCGCUUGCAUCUUACUAUAAGCUUCCUCUUAACCGGGUGCUAGUGUUUCAUGAUGACAUGGAUUUACCUUGUGGGGUUCUUCGUCUUCACCCUAAGGGAAAUCAUGGAAGUCACAAUGGGCUGAAAAGUGUGAUCUAUCAUUUUCGUGGGAAUAGAGAAUUUCCGCGGUUAAGAAUUGGUAUAGGGAGGCCUCCUGGUCAAAUGGAUCCAAAAGCGUUCUUACUCCAAAAGUUCAAUGCCAGAGCUCAAGGAAGGAUUGAUGCUGCAUUACAAGAAGGUGUUGUUGCUCUGGAACAAGUCUUGUCCAAAGGCUUGACAGAGAGUGCGAGGUGCUUCAAUAAGGAGCAGAAAUACAAACAUAUAAGGCUGCAAACAAUGCCCGUAUGAGUUUAUCAAAGCUAAUCAUGUACCUGAUUGAUCAUUGCAAGGGAAAUCAGCUCGUCGAGUAGCUCCACUUCUAUAUGUCAGUGUGAAGGAGAUAAGAGGCAGGGGAGAAAUGAAAGGAGCUGAUUUAAUGUAUGCAUUGCACAGCAUGGAUGGCUUGCUUGAACCAUGAUGCUCAAGUGCAAAUUGUGGAAUCACAUUUAUCACUUUUCCAGAUAUCAAGAAACCAUGUCCAAAUGAAGGGAUCUUUUAUAUAAAAAAUCCCGAGCUAUAUAUAUAAAAAGUUAGUCUGUUAAAAUCGACUGACAGUUAAUCAUAACAAUAUUUGGAAAGGGUAGACCCGUUUGGUGAUGUAGUAUACAUACUGCAUACGGGUAUGUAUGAUUGACGACAUGGGCAUUGGCCUACGUUCUCCUGUAUUGAAUUUCGUAUCAUUAGCCUUACUUUUCAAUAUGGGAAUGCUAAAACCCAA